UCGCGCUCCUCUCUCCUCCCCUCGCCGCCCAGCCCCGGCUCCCGAGUUGGGGGAGCGCCCAGGGCUCCAGUCGCUCUGGAGGAGGCGUGAAUCGCGCAGGGAUUGACUAAUUUGGGGUGGGGGUGCGGUGGGCGAUGGAGCAGCCAGAGGACAUGGCGUCGCUGAGCGAGUUCGACUCCUUGGCGGGCAGCAUCCCGGCCACCAAGGUGGAGAUCACCGUGUCCUGCAGGAACCUCUUGGACAAAGACAUGUUUUCAAAGUCUGACCCACUGUGUGUCAUGUAUACUCAAGGGAUGGAGAACAAGCAGUGGCGGGAGUUCGGGCGCACCGAGGUCAUCGACAACACACUCAACCCUGACUUUGUGCGCAAGUUCAUUGUGGACUACUUCUUCGAGGAGAAGCAGAAUCUCCGUUUUGACCUAUACGACGUUGACUCCAAGAGCCCCGAUCUGUCUAAACAUGAUUUCCUGGGUCAGGCCUUCUGUACGCUUGGAGAGAUCGUGGGGUCCCCUGCGAGCCGCCUGGAGAAGUCCCUCACGAUAGGUGCGUUCAGCCUGAAUUCCAGGACGGGCAAGCCCAUGCCAGCUGUGUCCAACGGAAGUGGUCUUUGGAUGGAAAGUUUGAGAACCACUGGUCUGGAAGCCUCCGGCGGUGUCCCAGGGAAGAAAUGUGGCACCAUCAUCCUGUCCGCCGAGGAGCUCAGCAACUGUAGGGACGUUGCCACGAUGCAGUUCUGUGCCAACAAGUUGGACAAGAAGGAUUUCUUCGGAAAGUCGGACCCCUUCUUGGUGUUCUACCGAAGCAACGAGGACGGGACGUUCACCAUUUGCCACAAGACUGAGGUCAUGAAGAACACUCUCAACCCGGUGUGGCAGACUUUCUCCAUUCCCGUGAGAGCCCUCUGCAACGGAGACUAUGAUCGGACUAUCAAGGUGGAGGUGUACGACUGGGAUCGAGAUGGCAGCCACGACUUCAUUGGAGAGUUUACCACCAGCUACCGGGAGUUGGCCCGCGGGCAGAGCCAGUUCAAUAUCUAUGAGGUGGUAAACCCCAAAAAGAAAAUGAAGAAAAAGAAAUACGUGAAUUCUGGCACGGUCACCCUGCUCUCCUUUGCUGUGGAGUCGGAGUGCACCUUCCUCGACUACAUCAAAGGAGGGACCCAGAUCAACUUCACGGUGGCUAUUGAUUUCACCGCCUCCAAUGGGAACCCCUCGCAGUCCACGUCCCUGCACUACAUGAGCCCCUACCAGCUGAACGCCUACGCGCUGGCGCUGACCGCCGUUGGGGAGAUCAUCCAGCACUACGACAGCGACAAGAUGUUCCCCGCCCUGGGCUUCGGCGCCAAGCUGCCCCCCGACGGCCGGGUGUCCCACGAGUUCCCGCUGAACGGCAACCAGGAGAACCCCUCGUGCUGCGGCAUCGACGGCAUCCUGGAGGCCUACCACCGCAGCCUGCGCACCGUGCAGCUCUACGGCCCCACCAACUUCGCCCCCGUCGUCACCCACGUGGCCAGGAGCGCGGCGGCUGUGCAGGACGGCUCCCAGUACUCGGUGCUGCUCAUCAUCACGGACGGGGUCAUCUCCGACAUGGCGCAGACCAAGGAGGCCAUUGUCAACGCUGCCAAGCUCCCCAUGUCCAUCAUCAUCAUCGGCGUGGGCCAGGCAGAGUUUGACGCCAUGGUGGAGCUGGACGGUGACGACGUGCGGAUCUCCUCCCGGGGGAAGCUGGCCGAGCGCGACAUCGUCCAGUUCGUGCCCUUCCGGGACUACGUGGACCGCACGGGCAACCACGUGCUGAGCAUGGCCCGCCUGGCCCGCGACGUGCUGGCAGAGAUCCCCGACCAGCUGGUGUCCUACAUGAAGGCACAGGGCAUCCGCCCGCGCCCCCCGCCCGCAGCGCCUGCGCACUCGCCCCCACAGUCCCCGGCCCGCACGCCCCCUGCGUCCCCCACGCACGUGCACAUCUGAGCCAGGCAGGAGUAGGGGUGGCUGGGGCCCGGGGAGGCCAGGACAAAGGCAGGCAGGGUGCCCGGACGCACUACAGUCGCCCACCCAGCCUUUGAGACAUCUGUGUGCCUGGGCGGGGCCUCUGGAGACUCCUCCCACGUCUCCUGGCCUCAUUUGCGGCACCUGCAGGCGAAGGGGAGGUGCUUGGCGCUCUGCGGCUCUCUCCUUUCCUUGCCCCUGGCUCCAGCCCAGCCAGGAGGGUGUUAGCAAUUGGGCAGUGCAGUCCCCCUCAGCCUGCCCUGGGCAGCCCCAUCUGCUCACCUGUGGCCCUGAAGCCCGAGCGCUGCUCCUGCCUUCAGCUCCCGGCUCCCUCCCAGCCCUCCGUGGUGUCUAGUCCUAGCCCAGGCCCACCCGCAUCUACCCUGUGCCUCCUGUCCAG